GGAUAUUAACAUCUCAUUACUCGAUCUUUCUUGAAGGACUCUCUUCAGCUUCCACAACGAGGAAAAGAAUGAUGUUUGCCAAGAACACAGAACCGGGAUGCUAUUGCAAUGUUUUUGCUGUUUGGUUUCGCUCUUCAAAAUGGCAAAAAGCUUCAAAGUGCAAACUCCAUAUCCAGAAUCUGCUAUGUUCUGUCAAGGUGCAACGGACACGAACAGAGUGUAUGGCUCGACAGUCCCGGUCCGAUAUAGCUCAACUCGUUCCUUACGGCCGCUUUCGUGAAGCACUUCCUAAGGCGAAGCAAUUCUAUGAAGAUGAGAGAAGGCUAUUGGCAUAUGAUCAGGUCAAGUACUUGUGCACAACCAUACUACAGAGUUUUUCUCCUCUAAUCCAUCAAAGCGAUGUUCAUCUCUUAGCGGAUGAAACGAAAGAAGCAAUGGCCGGACUGAUAUUUGCCGCAUCAAGAAUCGGCGAGCUUAAGGAGCUUCAAAUCAUAAGGAGCCUGUUUGUUCAAAGAUUUGGGCAGAAGUUUGACAAAGACUCUGUAGAUUUGCGUCCAGGAAACCUAGUGAGUUCAGAAAUAGUUAAGAUUCUAGACACAAAUAUGCCGCAAGAUGCAAUUAGUCCAGAGAUCAUAAUGGGUAUUUCACAAAAGUACCAAACCAACUUCAUUACAUCCGUGGAUUUAAUAACGGAAGGUUCAGCUCCACGUACUAAUCAUGGCAUUGCGGAUUCUGAUCGGCGAAGCAAGAGAAACGAAAAACGUUUGUAAGGAGAAAAGAGAGUUAUGAAGGAUGAUCACAAGUUUCUGCACGCAAAUCGUAGAGAGUCUAAAGGAAAAGAUCAGUCAUCCUUCAUGAGAUAAAAGGUUGAUUGUGUUUGUGGUUUUGUUUUGAUGUUUCCACUAAAACUCUAGUAUGCUGUCUUGCUUAACUUAUCUGGCGAUAUCAUACAUUGUUUAUAUUUAGAAUCAUCUUUUGUUCUUAUUGCGAGUGAAACUAUUGAGUUGAAAGA